AUGCCAGCGCAGAAGAGCAGCCCUGAGGUCCAGGAAGUCGAGGACUUCUUUGCUCCAGCACCAACAGGAAAACAGGCGAGUUUGCAGGAUGCUUUCACUUAUGAGGAAUCCAAUAAGAAUAAGAGUCUGUCCCUGGACGGCGUAUUUGUGUUCUCAAGAGUGAGACAGAUAAAGAUCAACAUUCACAUACAUCUGUAUGGCUCUCAUCGAUUGUAGUAGAGUAGAUGAGUGAGACCUGCUCUAAUUCGAUAAGUUCCGCGACUCGAAAAUAAAGGAAGCUCAGGAACGAAAGAAAAAGGGACUCGAUACUAAGAAGCAGAGAACACAGGCACAGAAGGAUGCCUUACGACAGAAGUGGAUCGACGCCCUGAAGAAAUAUAUCGGCGUGCCGUACUAUGUAUUCUGUUGAUUUUGACCAUCUUACUUCUACAGGAAUCAAUGAAAAUAAAUAGGAUUAGGAACAAUAAGUGUCUUUUUGAGCCUGGGGGGCACAUGGAUUAGGAUUGACAUUGGAAUUCCAUUGAGAAGGUUGCAUUGAGCAGGGAGGUGUCGAAGCCAAUCAAAAUGAAAUACAAACAGGUAUGCCAAGCGAUAUGUUGAAGAAGGAUCAGACGAGUGGAACAAGGGGGUUUUUUUGGAUUGCUGUGCACUCUUGCGACAGGCAUCUGCUGACUUAGAAUCGGAGUGGGGAUGGAAAUUGGGCAGAUGGAAUCAGACCUAUCAAUAUGCCCUUUGUACAACUUCUAUUUUUUUAGUGUGUAGUUUUAGUUCCACUUCCAGUGACUCCUCCUCCUUCAUCAAGAAGAACAAUAAAAAAAAACAAAAACUACGAUGAGCAUGAGGGAGUGUUGUAAUCGAUUUAGUUUUUCUUGAAACUUACUAAUUAUGUAACACUAAGUAAUACUACAGGCAGCAAGCAAGUCGAGGAGAAGGACAUGAAGCCGGGAGACCUGAUUUUCUAUGAGGCGACCUAUCACGAUCACUGGCGCAAGGCGCAGCAUUGGAAUAUCACGCACAUUGAGGUCUACCUGGGACCAGGCAAGCAAACGAUUGGUAGCCGAUGGAAACAGCAUGUCGCAUUUCACGACACCUACGAACUCGGAACAGACGACUUUCCGUCGAAGCUCUGGAAAGUCCACAAAUUCCACUUCAUGUCCCUCGAACCUUGGUACUUCUAUCAACCUUGUUGUGCUUUUUCUCAGUAUAAGUAGUACAGUAGUGAAACGACAUGAUACUCCUCGAGUGAACGACAUACUGCUCGAUUGGGUGUGAGCGGUAGUACAUUCACUCACUCACUCACUCACUCACUCACUCACUCACUCACUCACUCACUCACUCACUCACUCACUCACUCACUCUCCCACUCAUCUGUCUUGUGCCAGUGAGUGCGAAUGUGUCUAAGAAAGUAAUCAAUCUUUUUAUCUUCAAAGAUAUACAGGUUGGAGUCCUUCACUCUGCCGGAGUUUACGAUUGCAGAGGCAUAUGAAAAAUUCCCGGUAAUGCCGCCUCCAAGCAAUCACAAGAGCAUAUUUUUUGUCCCGGAAACCGAGGUCGAGGGCGGCGAAGAGGACGAAACCUCCAAGAAGUAG